AUGAGGGACGGCGACGCCCAGACCAAGCUGGAGGCCACGCGGGCCUUCUACCACGCGGUGGUGCUGGCGCAGACCAACUUCCGCAAGCCCAACGAGCGGGACUUUAUCAUGGAGGUCGUGAUCGAUGCCUGUAAGUUCAAGGCCGCGGAGCCCGUGCAGAUCGCGGCCUUCGAGUGCCUGGUGCAGAUAGCGACGGAGUAUUACGACUUCCUGCUGCCGUACAUGAACAGCCUCGGGCCGCUCACGUGGGAGACCAUCAAGACCGCGCCGGAGAAGGUUUCCAUACCUGCCAUGGAGUUCUGGUCCACCGUGUGCGACGAGGAGCUGGACCUGCUCGACCUCCAAGCAUCGGGGCGUCCGCUGCAGAGGCCCUUGCUGAAGGUGAUCGACCAGGCGGUGGCGUCCCUCGUCCCGAUCCUGACCGAGACGCUGUGUCGGCAGGGAAGCGAGGAG